AUGGGGAAAAUGCUUCCAACCAACCAGUUUUCAUCUGUCAGAGCAAACUCCUCUCCAUCUCUUGCUGCUACUUCCCUAGGCCUCACACUACUCACCAUGGCUAUCUGGAUCCAAUCACUGCCUCUCCUGGCCCUUCUUGCUCUUUCUGGCCCCGGGACCAGCCAUGCAGCUGUUAACCAGCACCUCUGUGGCUCCCACUUGGUGGAAGCUCUCUACCUGGUGUGUGGAGAGAGAGGUUUCUUCUACUCCCCCAAAGCUCGUCGGGAUGCUGAGCAUCCUCUAGUGAAUGGUCCCUUGCAUGGGGAGGUAGGAGAUCUUCCCUUCCAGCAGGAGGAGUUUGAAAAAGUCAAGCGAGGGAUCGUGGAGCAAUGCUGCCACAACACCUGCUCCCUCUACCAGCUGGAAAACUACUGCAACUAGCAGCAAGGCCAGGAGAGAGGAGCUUCCAUGGCCACAGCCAGAAAGAUGCUCUUAUGCAUCUUCAG